AUGGGCGCCCUCGCCGCCUGCGGCGCCUGCCUGGCGGCGGCGUGGCCGCUGGACGGGGCCGCGCUGGCGGUGUGGGGGUGGCGGCUGCCGCUGGUGGGGGGGCUGGCGGUGAACGUGGCGGCGGCGGGGGCGCGGCUGGUGGUGCUGAGGGACCCGCAGGAGGGCAUGAGCCUGGCGGAGGUGGAGGACCGGCACGCCGUCAACCUUGGGCGGCUGAUCAGGUCCAGCUGGCGCCGCGUGCUCGCCGUCGCGGCGAUGGGUACCUUCCCGGCGGCUUCCUUCUACCUCGUAUGCGCCACCCUGCCCGCAUACCUCUCUGACGUCACCGGGGUGGCCCCCCAUGUGGCCUUGGGCGUCCAUCUGGCGAACCUGUUUGUGCUGACCUUAGUCAUCCCCCUCGGCGGCUGGAUGGCCGACGGGGUCGGGCGCACGACAACCCUGCUGACGUCAGCGGCGGUCACCGGGGCGCUGGCGUACCCCGUCUGGAUGCUGGUGGGGGUCGGGCUGCCCGCGGUGGCGUGGCUGGGGCAGCUGCUGCUGGUCGUUGGCUUUGGGCUGUUCCAGGGCGCGCUGGCGGAGAGCGCGGUCAUGGCGCUGCCAAAGGGGAUGAGGGCCACGGGCCUGAACCUCGCGGACGCCUUGGCCUCCGCCCUCGGCGGCGGCCUCGCCCCGCUGGCCGGCGUGGCGCUGGUCGCGGCGACUGCGGACGACGCGUCGCCGGCCUACGUGAUGAUCGGCGCCGCGGCGCUCAGCGCGGCGGCGUGCUGGGCGGUGCGGCGGACGGACCUCUUCUGA